UCGCCCGGUCGUGUCUGAGUAACGCAGCCCGAGCGUUUCCCCUCUCCUGCCUCGCACACACACGCUCCCUUACCCCGAAAACCCGAGAAGCACCCCCAUGACACGGCGGAUUUAAACCCGCGAGGCCGCCCCGGAUCCCCUCCGCCAGCCUGAGUCCACAUUUAGGCCCCCUCCCCUCCCUCCCCUGCCCCGGCCCGGUAGCCAUGGAGAGUUCAUCGGUGGCAUCGGCGUCGUCUGAGGCGGGCAGCACACGCUCGCAGGAGAUCGAGGAGCUGGAGCGCUUCAUCGACAGUUACGUGCUGGAAUACCAGGUCCAGGGGCUUCUCAGCGACAAAAAUGAAAACGACCCCGAUGGAGAAAAGACCCAGUCCAACAUCUCCCAGUGGACAGAGGACUGCAGUGACAAAGUAGAUGGGAGUUGGUCGUCCUCUCGGGGGCGGGGCUCGUCCAAACCGGAUGAGUGGGAACACAGCAGCAAUGGCAGUACGGGUUCCAGACCAAGUUCAGGUUCUCGACCUGGAUCCGGUUCUAGAUCGGGCAGCCGAGGCCGAAACAACCAAUUUUGUGCACCUUCCAAGAAUGGAAACAGGGAUGGCUCUUUUGACAUUCUGGGUACUGACAUAUGGGCUGCCAACACAAUGGACUCCCAUGGGGGCGCUACGUGGGAUCUGCAGCCAGAGAAACUGGAUUUCUCCCAGUUCCACAGAAAGCAGUUCAGAGGAACACCAAAGCACCUCCCGCACAUCGACCGAGAGGGGAUGAUGAAGGGCAAGUUUGAUGAUGAUGGCAUUGACCUCAACGACAUGGAGAAGUUCCUGCCCGGCCUGCCAGUAUUCCCGCCAUUGCCUAACGAAGCUGAGAUUGCACACACUAAAAAGCUUUUUCGCCGACGCCGCAACGACCGCCGACCCGCCGAGCCGCUGCAGGACCAGCUGACCGUGCUGCUGCCUGCCGAGGGGAAACGGCAAGUGUCCAGGAGACAACAACGCCCCCCUGGCGGAGGAGGCGGAGGAGGGAAAUCCCACAAUCCUCAGCAGCAACAGCAGCCGCCGCAACAGCAACAGCAACAGCAACAGCAGCCAACCAAUCAAACGCAACAACUUGGCCCCGACCACCAAUCAGAAGGAAGCAAUGUAAAGCACGGGGGACGGGGCUACCAGCAGGGCCGAGGGUCGCAUCACGGCUAUAGCCAGAACCGCCGCUGGCACCAGCACCACAAACAGCAGGCCAACUCAGGCCAGGGCUCACGCAACACCAAAGAGGCAGAGAGCGUGAGAGGAGAAGAGCAGGAGCACGGGACGGAGAGAGCGAAGGACGGACCCGCAGGAGAAAACAGCAAAAAAGAGGGAGGAAAGGUCAGCCUGCUGCAGUCCUCCAAAGAGAGGCUGAGGAGGAGGCUGAAGGAGAAGGAGGACAUUCCGGUGGCCAUGGUGGGUCCACAGAGGAACCGCAUGGACAAAUUGCUGGAGAUCCUAAACAGCAUGAGGAGUAACAGCAGCGGGGUGGAGGGCCAGCUCACCUCCUUCAUGGAAGAGGCUCAGAACUCGGCCGACUCUGAGGAGACGCUCACCGAGAUCGUUCAGACCAUUUACAGAAAAGCCGUCAGCGACCGCAGCUUCGCCGCCACCGCUGCAAAACUCUGCGACAGGAUGGCUCUGUUCAUGGUGGAGGGAACCAAGUUCCGCUCACUGCUGCUCAACAUGUUACAGAAGGACUUUACCCGGAGGGAUGAGCUGCAGCAGACAGAUGUGGAGUGCUGGCUGGGCUUCAUCACGUUCCUGUGUGAGGUGUUUGGCACCAUGAGGAGCAGCACUGGAGAACCCUUCAGAGUGCUCGUGUGCCCCAUCUACACCUGCCUACGAGAGUUGCUGGAGUCAGCGGAAGUGAAGGAAGACGCAGUCCUCUGCUGCUCGAUGGAGCUGCAGAGCGCAGGUCGUCUGCUGGAGGAACAGUUGCCGGAGAUGAUGACAGAGCUGCUAGCGGCGGUCAGAGAUAAGAUGCUGUGUCCUUCUGAGUCUCAGCUCACACGCUCUCUGCUGAUGGAGGUCAUUGAGCUCCACGCUCACCACUGGAGCCCACUAGAGGCCCUGACCACUCAGUACUACAACAGGACCAUCCAGAAACUGACCGCGUGACACUAACACUAACACACACAUUAACGCACACGUGUGUGUGAAGACAAGAUUCUGCUACAAGAGAGGGCUGGACCUGGAUGGAUGGAUGGAUGGAUGAGUAAAGAGAUGAAUGGAUAGAUUUCCUCUUCCACUGCAGUGCCUGACCAUUGUUUGUUGUUUAUUCUUGUAAUGGCUGGAUGGAUUACACUGCAGUGGAUGGAUGGAUGGAUGGAUGGAUGUUUUUUUUUUUUCUCCCACUGCAGUCCACUGUUUGUUUAGUCUUGCAGCAUAUAAUGGAUGGAUUGUACUGCACUAAGGGUAGAUGGAUUGCAUUGCAGUGGAUGGUUGUGUAGGCGGAAGGAUGCUUGGAUAACAGGACGGAUAGAGGAAUGAAUGAAUGAAUGAAUUGGAGGAUGGAUGGAUUAUACUGUACUAAAUGGAAGAAGGAUUGCGUUGCAGUGGAUGGAUGUGUAGAUGGAAGGAUGCUGGGAUAACAGGAUGGAUGGAGGAAUGAAUGAACGGAAGAAUGAAUGAAUGAAUGGGAGGAUGGAUGGAUUAUACUGUACUAAAUGGCAGACGGAUUGCAUUGCAGUGAAUGGAUGCGUAGAUGGAAUGAUAAAUGGAUAACAGGAUGGAUGGAGGAAUAAAUGGAUGGAUGAGUAAAGAGAUGAAUGAACAGAUUUCCUCUUUCACUGCAGCGCCUGUCCACUGUUUGGUGGCUGUAAGGAUUGCAGUGCAGUGGAUGGAGGGAUGGAGGGAUGAGCGGGCAGAUAAAAGGACUAAUGAAUAAAUGAGGAACGAACGAAUGGAUGGAUAAACUUCCUCUUCCACUGCAGUGCUUGUCCACUGAUGUUUAUUCUUGCAGUGGAAGAGUGGGUGAGGGUGGAUGAAUGGACGAAUGGAUGGGUGCGUGCGGUGCGGAUAAGUGCGUGGGGUUGGCCUAGGGGUCUAGGGUGAAAGGCUAAUGAUAUGCAGAUUUUAAUGAAUAUGUAUGUUCCCCUUUUUAGUUCCACGUCUGCAUGUUAACGAUACGCUCCAGACAUAAAGCCCGACGCCUGUUACUUUAACAAACAUACAGAAAUGCCACAUACAUAAACAUGAGCAGCCAUGAAGAGCUGCUGGUUCAGACAGAGGCGUAUGGGGUCAUGCAGGGGGGAAGCGCACGCAGACACACCCACGCGCAUUUACACACGUACAGCACAUAUAAGGCUCAUAGCACUGAGAGAAACCUUUAGGCACCUGAAGAAAAUUUGGAGUUUAUGAAGCUCUUUACACUGAUUUUAGAAUAAAAUCAUGGCACCAGUAUUACUUGUAGUUCUAAUCCAGUAUCUGACUUGCCUAAUCAUUAAACACUCUCAGAAAUAAAGGUCCUAAACUGUCACUGGGGUGGGGCCCUCAGGGGUCCAUCUCAGUGCCUUCAGUCAGGGAACAUAACUGAACCAUAAUCCACUGAAAUGAUCUGUUCUAAGCUGGA